UUACAGCUGCUUGUAACUGACAUCACUGCAUCAGGAGUGUAUAUAUACACACUGAUAUUCACCUGUACGAGACGUGAAACCUCACUCCAACAGAACACACUGAGAGGCCAGACCCAUCGCACAGCUUUGUUGUGUACUGUACUUUACUGAACUCAAGCUAAAGCAUGUGUUCUGGAGGCUUUGCCAAAUGCCUGGGGAUAACCCUGCUACCUCUGGCCGUCGUGUGUCUCCUCUGUAACAUUCUGCUGUUUUUCCCUGGAGGUAAAGUGGCUGAUAAGAGUGACGACAUCACAGAUGAAGUCUUCUUCCUGGGAGGAAUUAUCGGAUCUGGUGUGCUGAUGAUUUUUCCCGCUCUGGUCUUCUUGGGCUUGAAAAACAAUGAUUGUUGCGGCUGCUGUGGGAAUGAAAGCUGUGGAAAACGGUUUGCGAUGUUUGGCUCCAUUAUCUUUGCUGCGGUCGGAGUUGUGGGCGCUGGUUAUUCUGUUAUUGUGUCUGGUGUGGCCAUCAAUCACGGACCCAAAUGUUUCAUUAAUGAUGUUAAUGUCACAUAUCCUUUUGAGAAUGGGAACUAUCUGUCAAAUCACUCAAUAUGGGACGCGUGUGUGAAACCGUUGGGUAUCGUCACAUGGCACUUGACCCUGUUCUCUAUCCUGAUGGUGGCGAGUCUGGUCCAGAUUGGUCUGUGUCUGUUCCAGGUGAUCAACGGUCUGAUCGGCACCAUCUGUGGAGACUGCUGUGGGGGCUCAGACUAAACUACUCUGAAUGGACUUGGAUCACAAGUGUGACUUUUUAGUAAAGAGGAUACAUCAAAUUUGUAAUUUGCCUACAUUUCUCACCUCGGGAUUUCUAUUUAUAUUGUUUGGAUGGGUUUGAAUGCCUUUUUAUACAGCCUUGUUGUGUAUAUCUGCCUGAUGGCUGAUAGCUUAUGAAGGCAAUAGAGAUAUGUUAUAUAUUGGUAAAUAAUGUUUUUUAGAAAUAUAAACAUUUAUUGUAGUACAUAUGAUAUAGCCUAUAUAGUAUAGCCUAUAUAGUAUAGAGAUAGAGAUUUCUUAAAAUACUGUAUUAUUUUCUUAUAAAUUAUUUAUAGUAACGGAGGCAACUGUGCAAAUAAAUGCGAUAUAUAAUA